AUGGACUACACAGCCCCUCACCAGCCACCUAUCGGGGGGUACUCGACCAGCGCCAUCUCACCAGCAACAUACAAUCCCACCCCCUAUCCCCAUCCUCCUCCUCCUCAUCCUCCUCCUCCUCCUCCUCCCUCCCGUCCCCGCCCCAACUACAUCUACAAAAUCCACUACCGCGUCUCCUGCUCCAAGACCGGUGCCCGUUACCACCUCAUCCGCACCGGUCCCAACUACCUCGUCACCCUACAACAAGCAAAGUCCUAUGUGGCGCAAUGCCACGCGAAUUGGUUCGAGGACUGGUGGAACGAAUGUGUCUUGAAUGGGCCGCCACGCACCACUACAGUUCAAGCGGUACUCGCGACGGUGGUGGGCGCGGAACGCCCGCAAACACAAAUUUGUAGACCGGGAGAACCCGUUGGAUUGGAGGGAGUGAGACUGGAGCGGAUUUGCUUGGGGAAGUAUGGAGGGAUCAAAUGGGGGAGGAGUAGUUAA